UUGUAAUUCCUUUGGUGUGACGAUAUAGUAUUUGGGUUGCGGACCAUCCAUAUUCACUAUGUCUGAUAGAGAGUUUACCAGUAACGAUGACCUCUCACUCCCUAAAGCUACGGUUCAAAAGAUCAUAACCGAGAUCCUGCCCCCAUCGUCAGGGCAAAACUUCGCCAAAGAUGCGCGGGAUCUUCUUAUCGAGUGCUGUGUCGAGUUCAUAACUCUGAUCUCGUCCGAAGCAAAUGAAAUUAGCGAAAAGGAAGCCAAAAAGACGAUUGCUUGCGAACACAUUGAGAAAGCGCUUACGGAUCUUGGAUUUGGAGAUUAUGUGCCCGAUGUAUUGGCCGUGGCGGAGGAGCACAAAGAGCAGUUGAAGUCCCGCGAGAGGCGGACAAACAAAAUCGAGCAGAGCGGGAUGUCUGAGGAACAACUUUAUCAAUUACAGCAAGAGCUUUUCAGGUCGGCUGGUGAGAAAUAUCAUGCAGGUAGUUAAAGGUUCUUGGAGGUUUCCCUUUGCGGCGUUCGGCAUUGGCUUCGAUUACUUCAAUACGAGGUCCUGGAUGCCAGGAAUGGGUAACUAUGGCGUUUUGAUUUGAGACUUUCGUGGGCUAUGCAUGGGCAUGGGACACUUCAAACACAUUUCAGCCGAUAGGUUUGGUUUUCUAUAUGGAGACUUAUGAGACAUGAUUUUAAUGCGUGAUGCACUGGAUUUUCUACUUUCUUUCUCAUAAUUUCAUAUUUUACGGAGAGAGCUAUCACCCAAAUUUACAGGGCUCCCGUCAACUGUAUAUAAAAAUUGCACUCCGUACGGA